AUGUAAAAAUAAAAAUCAGAAAAUGCAAUUCCUUUCAUAAUAUAUAAUCCAAAAGAAGGUUUUUAACUAAAUUAAGAAGCCGAAAACUAUCUCUUAUCAUUAGAUCCUUAAAAAAAGUUAGCAGUAAUAUCCAUAGUAGGUAAAUAUCGUACAGGCAAAUCAUUUUUUGUAAAUCGAGUACUUUUAGAUCGUGUAGGAAAUAAGGAGGGAUUUUCAGUCGGACCAACAAUAAAUCCAUGUACAAAAGGUUUAUGGAUAUGGAAAGAAUGUUUAAAAACUGAAAAUUAAAAAAAUGAAGACUUAAAUGUUAUAUUGAUAGAUACUGAAGGUUUUGGAGGGAUGGAUGAGAAUGAAAACCAUGACUCUAGGAUAUUUUUAUUUUCAUUAUUAUUAUCAUCAUAUUUUAUUUACAACUCAUAAGGAAAUAUAGAUGAAAAUGCACUUAAUACAAUAUCUUUAAUAAUUAAUUUAGCAAAAGACUUAAAAAUAGAAAAUAGUAGUAACGAAAAAUAAAUACUGAGCGAAUAUUUUCCUAGUUUUAUGUGGAUUUUGAGAGACUUUGCCUUAUAAAUGGUAGAUUAAAGUGGCUAAAAAAUAACACCUAAAGAAUAUUUGGAAAAAGCUUUAGAAUAAUAAAAAGGUAUAUCAGAUAAUAUAGAAUAAAAAAAUAAAAUAAGAAGACUUCUCAAACAUUAUUUCCAAGACAGAGAUUGUUUCCCUUUAAUACGUCCAGUAGAAUCUGAAUAAAAUUUACAAAAAUUAAACGAUAUACCCAAUGAAGAUUUAAGACCUGAAUUUAUCGAAUAAAUAAAAACCUUAAAAAGAUAAAUUUUUAAUAAUAUAAAACCCAAAAUUUUAAAUGGAAAAGCACUUAAUGGUUAAUAAUUAGUUUUAGUAUGUAAAGCGUAUAUUAAUGCCAUAAAUAAAGGAAAUAUUCCUACUAUUUAAAAUGCUUGGAAAUAUAUGUGUAGAAAUGAAUCUUUGAAAAAUAAAAAUUUAUAAGUUGAAUUUUUCGGGAAAUAAAUAUAAGAAUAUAUUAAUAAUAAUAAUAAGGAGUUUAUUUAAAACCAGGAACUAAUUGAAUUUAAAGAAAAAAUAAAAAAAUAGGCUUUUACGGAGUUUUAAAGGAAAAAUAUUGUCGCAGAUUAGGAAGAAUUGAAAGAAUAUUACGAAAAUUUAGGGAAAGAAAUCGACGAGGUCUUUUUAUAUUUUCAAGGCGAAAAUUUAAAUAAAAUGAAAGUAAAAUUCGAGCAAAUUUGUUAAGGUUAAAUUUAGAGUUUAUAAGAUAAACUAAAUAAUGAUAGUUAUAAUAAUUUUUUGGAAUUUUAGAAAGAUUUGGAAAGUUUUGUGAAUGUUUUUUUAAAAGAAGUUGGAAAAAAUUCAGAUAGUGAAGAUUUCAUUAAAAUUUUGACCGAUAAAAUCUGUUAGGAAGCUGCGGAAAAAAUUUCUUUAAAAUAAUAAAGAGAUUUAGAAAAAGAAAAAGAAUUCUUAUACACAAAUAAAGCCUAAAUGAAAUUGAUUAUAAAAAUUCUAAAUAAAAUUGGGAAGACGAAAAAAAAAAUAUGA